AUGGCUGUUGGGUUUGACAUAGAAUGGCUUUCUCAACGUAGCAAUGAUAGUUUACUCACAUUGUGCUAUCAGUUUGGCUGUCUUCCGAUAAAGCUAGGCACUGACCGCCCCUACUUUAUUUCAAAACUCGGGCAGUUCCUCACUCACAAGGAUAUAAUUUUUGCUGGAGUACAUUUACAGGGAGAUGUUAAAAAGCUGUGGGAGAAAUACAGGCUUGAAAUUAGAAAUGUAGUUGAUCUAAGUGAAUUAGCAGCUGAGGUACUGCAUCAUCCUCGCCUUCGUGCAUUUGGUGUGAGAAGCUUGGCACAUCAACUUCUUUUGGUGCCAUUUAAGGCAAGGCCCACCAGCAUACUACGGGUUGAUAAUUCCACGACAGGAGAUGUCCCCCAAAAGCUGAUUGAAUGUGCAUCAGCUGAUGCCCAUGCUGCAUACAAGAUUGGGAAGAAGCUAUUGGGAGAUUGA